AUGGGAUCUGAGUAUGCGACAGGCGAGCAUGUUCCUACCGGUGGACGUACUCGCAUUGCUCUGUCAUCAGAAGGGAAAAUGAAGAAUAAGGGGAUGGCAAAAGCCGUGGUAGACGGCGUCAGGGAUUGGAUUAGCGAAAACGGCGCACUGAUGGGCUUCUGGAGGAGUGAGAGGACAAGAAGAUUCUAG